AUGGCGCCCAAAGCUAUUAUGAAGAGUCUGAACGUGGUCAUCCCUCCAGGCAUGAAGCCAGGUCAAGAGUUGCAGGCGCAAAGCCCGGACGGUACCAUUGUUCAGGCAAAGAUUCCUCCAGGAAUGAAGCCCGGGCAGACGUUCACCAUGCAGUACACCCCUGUUCCCCCCAAGACGGCGACGGAGCCAAAACUGCUGGGAGCCCUGAGCAAAAUGUAUUCUGGCGGAGAUCUCCUGAUCCUUCUGGGCUUGGUUGUCGUGGGCUUCUCGCUGCCGUACCUGCUGAGUCAUGCAGGAUCGGUGGUGCAGAUUGUGGCCACAUACGCCAUACCUUGUGCAAUAGCUUUUGUGGCCAUCGCCUACGACUGGACCACGAAGGGGCCAACAGUGGCUCUCAAGCAUGGGUUGGCAUCCGCGGCUGUGGCCUGGGUCAUGGUGGUUCCUCUCGGUUUGGUCACGCAUUCUUUGUUGCACUACCUGUCAGCACUGAUAAUCGCAGGCUUCGCGAUAUCCGUGCUGAUGACGCUGCUGACGCUUUAUGGCUUUGUGGGUUGUGUUGUGGGUGUGGUUGUGGGAAUGCUCUCGGUUCAAUUUGGUGGAUUUCUGGUAUGGCUGAUCACUGAGCCGUUCGGCACGUCGAUUGUCUUUGCGGCCACGUUCUGGUGUGCUAGGGUGUUUUUUAGCCUGCUCCUGCAGCAUCAUCUGGACCCCAAAACGUGGCCAGACGUUACCGAGGUGGACAAGACAUCGGAGGAGUUUACAACGCAAGCCGAGUACUUUCAAAAAUCUUGCCAGCCCUGGGCGCACAAGUACGACUUCGAUCUGCAGGUCUCGAAAGUUUUCCGCAUUGACAAGCCCAUCACCGCCGCCGCCGCUUCAUCGAGCGGCUCGCGGCCUUCAGGCUCGAGCCAGCGCCUCUUCCAUGGCACCCCCUGGGAAGCAGCAAUGGGAAUUGUUUGCGAUGGGUUCCGGCUCCCAAGCCAUGCAGGCAUGUUCGGCAAGGGCAUCUAUUUUGCAGAUUGCCCGUUGAAAUCGUGGCGGUACUGUUUCUCAAGCAGGCAGAUGGCUGAAUCAUUGCCGCGGGUGCUGGGCCGGGGCGGCUACAUUCUGAUGUGUUGGGUGGAUCUUGGCAAGACCCGGGAGGAGAAGGAAGCCAAGCCGGAGCUAAAAGGCUACAACCGACGAGGCUGGAUGGCUUGGCUGACGGGUCAGAGAGGGGCCUAUGAUUCUGUGGUUGGAAUGACGGAAGAGGAGGGCGGGGCACUGCGCGUGCCGGAGUACAUCGUGUACGACACCGCUCAGGUGCGACUGGCGUACCUCUUCGAAGUCUUCAAGUGUGACCGGGGUACUGCGCAGCCGUCGAAUUCCAAUCAAAUCUAG